GGGGGGUGCCAGGCCCACCUCGGCCCCCCUGGUGGCUUCGCCACUGUUCUCAACCCUAGCUCCCACCUCGGCACCGCUACCCCCUCGGCGCUGCUCCCCCCGCCUCGGCAACGCUCCCCCAUCGGCGCUACUCCCCUCGCCUCGGCGCUGCCCCCCGUCUCAACGCUACUCCACCCCCGUUCCCUGAUUUUGAAAUGAUGCCCCCGUUCCCCACCGAUUUGGAAAUUGGUGCCCCCAUACUGCCAUUUGCGUGCACCAUAUGCGCUCGACAUAGGUCGCCACCAUCCACGGGUCGCCGAGGCCUCAUUUGGAAAUGCCCCCCGUUCCCCACCGAUUUGGCAGUUGGAGAUCCUAUGUCGUGGAUGGCGCCCCCACGUCGUCAAUUGUGUGCAAGGGGUAGGCUGACUCCCUGUCCUGCCUACGUCGUCAGUGUAUACCUUGAUCGAUCCUUGCCCUCCCGAGCCAUCGCAACCCCCGCUCGUGGCCACCAUCGUCCAUCACAACCUCCCCUUCCCGGUCGUCCAACCUGCAACCUCGUGUGUAGCCGCCUUCGUGCGCCGUGGGUGUCCCUCCUCGCUCGCGACCAACCCGCCCCCGCGACCUCUGCAUCUCGUCGGCCUAUGCGUCCUGCGUCGCUCGCCCACUCCUCCGCUCCUUGCCCGCCGCGGACAUGGACGACUGCUUCCUCGUCGCACGACCACUAUGCCCCGCCGCGACCUCCGCCCUGCCGCCGUUAGAGCCCAAACGAGCGAGGCAUCACCAUGCACGAUGUGCAAGACCUACCCGCAGUAGGCCAACACCGUCUGCAAGAACGACUUCAUCAUCAUCAAGAACCGUCCCUGCAAGCAUAUUAUAACAGGUCACAGAACAAUCAGACAAGGAUGGAGAUUCCUUGGAAAAGAUACAGAGCUUCCAAGUUUCAACCCAUGAUGAGGGAGCUGGACUGGAUGUUCAUGUUGCAAGUGUACUAUCUACUACAUGAACAUGGUAUCCACCUACAACCUGAAGUUGAGGCCACCACAGUACUGGGUUGAAGAGGAUGGUUCGAUCGUUAAGAUCGGUCAUGAAGAGAAGCUUGAUGAGUACAUGAAGUUCUUUGAUGGUCUCCCUGGUUAGACGUUUAACUGCAACUGGCAAUGUUUUCUUGGGGACAAUUGGAUUUUAUUUGUCGUUUUGCUUUCUUAUGGUCGUUAUAUGGAAUGUUACUAGAUAGUUAGUUCGGUCUGUUGGUGUAUCCUCCUGAACUUUCCUGUCAUUGCUGUUAGUUAUGGCACCAGGUUUGUUCUCAAUUGCUAUUUAGGGAAGUUAUUGCAUAAAGGGUUAUUUGGCACUAGGUUUGUUCCCAAUUGCUAAUAUUUUAUCAAAUAAUUUGUGUGG